UUUCCUGAAGAAGUCUUAUGCGCGUGCGCGGUUUUCAGAGCGGCAGCGGUUUCGGCAUGGCUGCGGUGGGCUGAGAGGCCGGGGAGCCGAACAGUGCCGGGAGAGCCGUAACGGGGCAGGGCCUGGUGGGACAGAGGCCGAAGCAGGCUGCUCCCACUCGGGGCAUCCGCACCAAUCCGUGUUCAGGUAUGUCUAAUGCAAGAGAGAAAGAAACGUGCCAAGAAAUGGAAAUCAGCUGCCAGUGUCACCUUGUCUCUGCAUUGUGGACCAUGUCAAGUGCGGACUCAGCACCAUAAUGGGGGAAGUAGAUUCUUUUCAAACCUCCAAUACUCAGCAGAUCUCCAUCCUGAUGUCUCUGCUGCUGAAACUUCUGCGAACUAUCAACAUCAGUCUCCUGGACCUUCAUACAGGAAAGAACAAUAUUUUUCUAAGGGGCAAAAUAGAGCUGAGAGAGGUAGAGGAAGAGGAGUACGCCAAAAUGUUUCUCAAGAAAUGCCUAAAUACGUAACAGCAUCUACCUUUGCUCAAGCCCGUGCUGCUGAAAUCAAUGCUAUGUUGAAGGCAGUUACACAGAAGUCUUCCAAUUCAUUAGUUUUUCAGACUCUGCCUAGGCACAUGCGAAGACGGGCCAUGAGUCACAAUAUUAAACGCCUACCUAGACGGCUCCGUGAGAUUGCCAGAAAAGAGGCAGAGAAAGCUGUGCAUCAGAAAAAAGAGCAUUCAAAGAACAAGUGCCGAAAAGCUCGAAGGCGUCAUAUAAACCUGGUGGUGGAGUUUAAUCGCAGGCAAAAGAAGAAUAUUUGGUUGGAAACACACAUUUGGCAUGCAAAGAGAUUUCAUAUGGUGAAGAAAUGGGGAUAUUGCUUAGGAGACAGACCCACAACGAAGAGCUAUAGGGCUUGCUACCGAGCCAUGACAAAACACUGCCUUCUUCAGCAAAUUCAAUAUUACUUGUUGCUGGAGCUGAAUGGAAAGGGCAAGAGCUUCUGGAAGGUGCUUGCUCGUAUGUGCAUAUGUUUUUCUCCAGGACCAACUUUUGCUGCUGUGGCUUGUCUGUCUGGAAGGCUCCAGGGCUCUCUGGUCCUUUACCGUGCAGAUCGCUACCCUGAGGAUUUGCUUGGUCCUAUUACUUUCAUUUGGAAACCUAAGCAUGUGUCUGGUAUUACUUCUGAAACUAGACAGCUGUGGAUCUGGACACAUCCAUCCCUUAAGCAGGACAUACUGACUGAGCUAAAAACAGUUUUUCAGUGUUCAGAGCCUGUAGAAACCUGUUCCCCUGAACCAAUUGUCACAUUGCUUCAAGAAGAAAAACCAACAGAUGUAGCUAUGAUUGUUGGCAAGAAAAGGAAGAGGGAAGACAAUGAAGGAGAAAAAGCUGUGACAGUGAAAAAAAUCAUUGGUGAUGGAACCAGAGUUCCACUUCAGUCAUACUGCUGGACAUCACAGACUACUGGCGUUGUGAUCAGUGAUUUGACCAUGGAGAUUCUUCGAUAUCGGUUGAUUGGCCCACUCUCACACUGUGUCCUUACAGAAGCACUGAAAACUGCUUCUAUCCAAACUGAGAUGGCAGAUGCAGAAACAGAACUUAACAACUGGUGGGUAGAAAACUGCAAGAAUUCUGAGAGGGUGUCUCUUCAUCAAUGUCAAGGAGCCAUCUUUGAGUUGUUGCAAGGCAUAAGCUCUCCAUCAGAAAUUGCGGCAGGUACAAUACUGGGCCUGACUGUUGGGGAUCCUAGAGUGAAUUUGCCAAAAAAGAGGUCAAAAGCCAUGCCAAAUCCAGAAAAAUAUCAAGAUAAUGAGAAAGUUAGGCAGCUGCUUCUGGAAGGCGUGCCUGUGGAAUGUGCUCACAGCUUUAUCUGGGACCAGACUAUCUGUAAGAACGUUACUGAAAAUAAAAUCCCAGAGCAGGAUCUAAACCAUAUGAGAGGUGAACUAUUGGUACCUGGCUCACAGCUUGACUUGGGGCCUUGUGAAUCCAAGAUUCCUAUACUCUUGGUUCAGCAGCCAGGGAAAGUGGCUGGUGAAGAUCGACCAGGAUGGGGAAGUGGCUGGGAUAUCUAUGUCCCAAAGGGCUGGGGCAUGGCUUUCUGGAUUCCUUUUGUAUAUCGAGGCGCACGAGUAGGCGGCUUGCAAGAGGGUUUGAAACAUUCUGAAUAUAAAAGAACACCUCACGUUCCAAAUGACUUCCCAGACUGUCCUGCUGGAAUCCAGUUUGCCAAAGAACUAGAAAACAUUCUUCUUGAAAAAUUCAAGAGACGCCCACCUGCAAAAAGGCCAAACUAUGUCAAACUUGGCACCCUGGCACCUUUCCUCUGUCCGUGGGGGCAACUAACCAGGGACUGGGAAGUAAGAAACAAAGCUCAGGAAGAAUCUGUGAUUACUUCAUCCGCAGACAGUAAGAGCUGUGCAACUGAAAGGCAGGUUCCUUGUGAGCCCAAACCUGGACAGAUUAUAGAAGAUUCUCAGGGUGACAUGGUGGAAGAAAUGACACAAAUUCAAAAUUUAUGCAAAGAAGAUGGAGCUGCAACAAGUAGUGACUUCUUUGUUCUCAGGAACAGAAAACUAUUAAAGCAGUUAUCAGCCAGGUGCCGGCCUAGCUGUGGGAAAGGUCAGAGGGUAUGCUCUGCUUCAAAACUUGGACAGAAGGAAAUGACUGAAGAUGCCCUCUUACCGAUCUUGAAGUGCCACCCCAGGGUGCUGGUGUGGGUCAGCUUGUCCCUGCUAAGAAAGGGCAGCCCUGAAUUACAUGCCAUGAUAUGCAUUCCAACACAGGAGGAUCUUCUACAGCUUAGCAAAGACCAGCUCUUCUGUGGUCCUCAAGAACCCAAACACAGUGACAUAUUCAAACACAAGAUACUGAAACUAAAAGAGAGAAAAAAGAGAGGGAACAAUGGGAAGGCUCUAGAAAGUGGUGCUUCUGAUGCGCUGGAGGCAAAGACAGUUGAGGAGCCUAAAGAACUAAUACUUGGCUUGUGGCCUGACUCUCUACCAGAUCUUACUUCACAUUGCUCUAGAAUUCUUUUAGGGUUUGUCACUCAAGGGGAUUUUUCAUUAGCUGCUGGCUGUGGAGAAGCCCUGGGAUUUGUUAAUUUGACAGGAUUACUACAUAUGUUAUCCAGUCAACCAGCCGAUAAAAAAGGGCUUGUUUUGUUAAGAACUCCAGCAUCUCUGCAGUACAGAUUUGCUAGACUUAGUAUUGAGGUAUAAGCAUCAUAUUUGUAAUGAAAUAAUGUACAAAUAUUACCAAAAGUUAUUCCUUUGAAUCUCAAGAAAUGCUUGUGUACCCCAUGUUUGCAAUGGGUAGUUUAUUUUCCAUCAAACUAAUCUGUUAAUGAACUAAGCUGUUGAUCAUUUAUAAUGUUUGUAUAGCUCAAAUGUUUUCUUUUCUUCUGAAUGUCUGUCUAUAUCAGUUUCUGUUUUAAGACAUACGUUGACUUUUGCAUCCAGAAACACUUUCUUUAUGCUGAUAUUGUUUUUCUAAUGGCCAUACUAUUUUUUUGUUGUUGUUCCAAUGCAGUUGAAGCCAACGAUAUCAAAGAUCUUUUUCACUUUUACAGUGUUUCACUUCAAAAGACUUCUGGUCAUAUGGCUGCUGGACUCCGAUUACAGUUCAUGCUUCUGGUAAAUGCAUGCCAUCUGGGUCCUGUGUAUGUAGCAAUCAGCUUUUCAGGGCCCAUUCAGUCUUGCAGCUGAACAGGUCUGGCUCCUACAGAGUCAAGUUCUGUAACCACCUCUAGCAUAGACAGUGCAGAUGACUUAUUUUUAUUGAAACAAUUCAAUGCUUAAAUGGAACAUAAAUAAUAACUUUCCACAUUUAAAGGCUGUGAAACACUGACUGCAACAUGUGCUGGAACCUGUAUCAUCCAAAAUGCAAACUUUUUUCUUUCUGGGUCAGUGUGAACUUAUUAAAAAGGCAUUUUCUUUUGAGAAUAAACAUUUUUUCAUUA